GUUUAGAACGCGUUCAUACAAAUGCAUAAAUCAACGAUUUCUGAUUAAAUUACUUUAAAUGUAAUUAAAGUGUAUUGGAAUUGAUCCAAUUGCUGUAGGCAACAUGUCUUCAAAGUCGGUUUAUUGCAAGUUGUAUAAAGAUGAUGAAGAGGAAAUAAAGACCAGUAUUAAGCGGCGCAAUAGAUGGACGGAAGAUAGCGAGAGGUUAUUCCUUCAGUUAUGGAGGGACAACUUGGACGAACUGCGCGCUUGCAAGAAAAACAGUCACAUUUUGAUGGAGAUUGUUGUGGAAAUGGAAUUGCAAGGUUUUAAAUACAGCUUAAUAGAAAUGAAGACAAAGAUGCACAAUAUGACUUCGAAGUACCGAAGGGAACGUAUUGAAGUCAGAACUACAGGAAUACCAUCGCUUUGGGAACAUUAUGACGAAAUGCAUUCGUUAAUAACUGAGUAUGAAAAUGACCGCCGCAACUCCUUGGACAUUGACCACUCUAACGCCAAAAAAAUUAAAUUUGAUCACGGCAAGCGACUAUUGACGCCUGAGAAGAACCACAAUACACGCAGAGAUUCCAAAACCUCCUGCAAUGAUAACAAUUUCGAUACUCUAAGUGAGAGCGAUAACAGUGUAGAAAAAAAUGUUGGCCAUAAUGGUGGGGAUGUGGCGGAAUCGAAUAACUAUUCUAUAUCAGUGAGAAAAAAUUUAAAAUCCACAAAAAGUCCAGUAUGGGAUAAUUACUCUUCAAAGGUACAAAACACAAACCGAUCCAUUGUGGUGGAAACAAAUGGAUAUGAUGAUAUGGAUUUAUUUUUUUUAAGUAUGGCUAAAACGGUUAAGAAGCUUCCACUUCACCUACAAGUGCAUCUUAAGAGGAAAAUUUGUAAUUUAGUUUUUGAAGCUGAAUUGAAAGAAUUAAAKCCGAGUAAUGUCGAUGGUAAUGAUUUGUAGAUUACAUAUAACACGCAAUUUAUAGUAUUAGUUUUUCAAUAUUACAAAAGUAACUGAAAAUGCUUAUGUACAUUAAUACAUAAAUUGAAAAUCAUAUAGAUAUAUAUCAAAUAUUCGAAAUAUCUCUAUUAUUUUAUAAUGAAUUGCAUUUCAUAAUAAAUUUAAGUCACAUUCAUCACUUUGAA